AUCCUAAUAAAAAAAUGUCCUACUUCUGCAACUGAUUCAAUAAUCGCGCAUAAUAUUCAUCGAUGACUGUUCUUAUAGCUUUUCGUAACUCCUGACCCACCCACAUACCGACUGUACAGUCAGUCACACAACAGACACAGAGCAGUCACGACCACACUUGAAAAACAUUGUUCACGAGGUCAUCAAAUAUAUGAUAAUUGUUCCUGGCAAAUUGUCAGGCCUGAUUUAAUGUGUGUUACAAAAGCACGUGGUUUGCUGGUCAGUGUAGUAAAUGCGUUCACAAAUCUCACGUCUCAUUUAAAUCAUUCCCAGGGUCGAAAUUCGGCGUCGUUAUCGUAACGUUUAAUCUAUUUAUCCGGUAUCCUUGCGGAUCUGAUUAUCAUAGGAAGAGAGGAAAAUGAGACUGAAACAGGAAGGACCAUACCUGAUGACCUCACACGAAAGCGAAAGGGAUAAAUGAGUUGCUGCACAAGCUGGAAAUUACACUGGUUGACAUGGAGAAGAAUAUAAAUCUAAAAUUGUCACGGAGGAAAGAGGAAAGUUUCACGUGAAAGUUAUAACAUGAACUGAAUAAAACUUAGAGGUAACUAGAUAUCUAAAGACAAUGGGUUCUUUACCGAAUCUUCAUGAGCUCUCGAAAGAUAAAUUGGAGAGUCCUGUUUACCGACCGGCGCCAAUCGGUGGUCUGGGUCCUAUGAAACUACCAGCGCAGCCACCACCGUUGGCUCAUACCCACCGUCGUGCACGUAGCGGUGGCCAUCAUCAUACUUUAUGGGAUAACGACACCAUGCUCGAGCACAUGGCUACCUACUCACCCAUUUCUUGUCGGUCUGCAAGAACUUCCGGGUUGUCAUGGCGUCGUCGGGAAUCGAUGAGUUCCUCGGCAGGAGCGUCUUCGGUACGUCGCUUGAUCGCAGCUGUGAGAACGGCGCCUUCGGGUCCUCGCCCGCCAAGGAAAGCCAUUUUAAGACACUGCGCUGCACUUCUUCUGGGACACGCCGCAAGCUCGGCGGCCAUGUUACCUAUGUUCCCAUUGCAAGCUGGUCUUGGCGCUUUUAACCCCCAUCUAGGCCCAAUACUCUUGGCCCUUCUUUAUACCGCAGCGACGCUCACGUCGUGUUCCGCACCUAUAAUCGUACAGAAGCUCGGGACGAAUUUAAUCGUCUGCUUGAAUCACUUGGUGACGAGCAUCUUUGUGGGUGUACACCUGUACCCAAAGUGGUACGUCCUGGUGCCGAGUUAUGCCCUUCUUGGAGCUUUUGCAAGUCCAAGCUUCAUUGCCAGGACUUCGCACGUUAAUAUCUCUGCUGCGAGGUUGGGUCUUGUUUGUUCUGACCCGGAAGAUCCUGAUGAAACUAGAAGGGACUGUCUGCUUAGGAGGAUCAAUCGGGGACUGAGGUUAGCGGAAGACAUAGGUCUUGCACUUGGUUGCUUGAUCGCUGCGAUUCUUGUAAAAAUUACAAAUCCGAAUCCAUUGAUGUCAAUACAUAACGAAAUAGAGGACGUGUGUGGCGCGGAAUAUUGUCCUGAGGAAACUUAUUUCUAUAAUGAAACUCUGUUUUUGCCAACUGUACCUGCAAGCACAUCCGUUAUGAUAAUCAGUGCUUGGCUGGGUUUGGCUAUUCUUGCCUUUGGGAUCUCUUGUGGAUUUCUUGAUUCCCGAAUGAAGGAGCCUCAGAGUAUCAAUGAUCGAGUCAGUACAGAAAAUUUAUUAAAAGCCGUUAAAGCCGCCUUUCAAGAUCCAAGGCUACAGCUAGCGGCGCCACUUACGCUUUUUAUCGGACUUGAACAGGGAUUCAUCUAUGCUGAUUUUACAGAAGCAUACGUUGUCUGCGCCCUGGGUGGCGCGGGGACAGUAACGCUAAGCUUUUUAAGCUUAGCCUUACUACAAGCACUUGCUGGAGCAACUCUCUCAAUGCUUUUGAGGCAUAUAAGGCGACACUUUGUAGUAGCUGUGGGAUUCGCUUUCCACGCAUGUCUUUUGCUGGUCCUGGUUGCCUGGAGACCAGCAGGCGAUGAUCCUGCCCUGUUCCACGUGAUCUCCGCAGCGUGGGGCGUUUGCAAUGCAAUUUGGGAAACGUUGAUCUACACACUGCUGCUUGGUCUUUACCCCAGCUCGUGGCAGGGUCCUAUGUCAACGUCACUUUUUUGGAGAUGGUUGGGACUGUCAUUAGCACUCGGUCUUCACGGUUUGGUAUGUACCAGGAUUCGAGUUUUGGGUCUUGCUUUCAUGCUCCUGCUCUCGGUGGCUCCAUACUUGUGGCUGGAGCUUCGCCUAGCCAAACGUGGAAAAAGUUUGACUUCGUUGUGACCUCGCAGGUCGAGUUCUUGUUCGCAAAAGGGUAAGACAACGCACACCGACUGAGAGAGGUUCGUUCCAUCCAGUUCACGAAAUCAUCGUCGAUUCACCGGCAUCAGGGAAAGAACGCGUAACGUUAACAUUUUUAUAUGUCACACGAGAACUUCGGAAAGUUCGGCCAAUGAGCACAAUGCUGCUUUUUCAUUGUCAUAACCUUUCGUUGACCGGAUGUCCUCCAUUUUCAUUUCUCUCUGACUACCUUGCAUCGGAUUGCUUUUAAACUUGGUACUACCUUCUUUCCUAUCCAAUAGCAACUCUAUUCAGUGAUUACCACCAACCUACUGAACUUUUGUUAUCUGUUAUCACGCUUAUCAGUGUCAUCCCAAUCUAAAUCGGCAAGACCUUCUCAUACCGUGUGCGAUAUUAUCACUUUCGCAACAGGAAUCAUUCAAAAGCUGGAUGGAACGAAGACAAUCACAGUUCUCGAGUAAGAAAAUCUUGGGAUUAUAAGUCUAACUCGAAUGUACUAUUUUAAUUGUGCUACGUUUCUCAAUCAUUGCAUAAAACUUUUUAUUCCGCGAUGAAAGGUCGGAAUUCGUGUCCGAUGUGCUUUCUGUAAUAAUCGAAGUGUCCAUAUCAGGAUAUAAUGAUGAAUCUUUGUGAUAGAUAGUUCUUCGUGUUACCGACUGUUAAACUAUAAACGCAAAGUAUUAUUCGUAUCAUUCACUUGGAUGACAAUUCUUCGACAGACGAUUACAUAGCGGAGAGAACAAAAGUGUACGCAAUUACGUACAUUACUUAUUACGAUAGAGAAUAGACAAAUUCGUCACUGUAUUUUACGUCAGGCGGAAUACCUGUUUUUAUUACCAACCUUGUAAAAGGUUCAAUUAAAUAAUGUGAGGGCCAUUUAUCAUUUUCUUGAUAACGUACACACAGCUCGACUCAUUCGAUUUUUGCAUAUCAGGUAAUUACGUUUUGUAUAAAUAAGGAUUUCUGAGUAAAGUAUAAAGCGAGGGUUUCAAUCUAAAACGUGUGAUUCCCAAAGUGAAUGUGCUCAAUGUUGUGAAAAAUAAAAGUGAGAUACUAAUAGCGUGAAACAGCUAUACAUAAAAUUACAAACUAAAUGGCACAUAAUAAAUAAAUCAGGCACCUAUCAUCCUGAUACUUUUUUAUUCUUUGUAUGUUACAUAGAUCAUUUAAUGUGAAGUCAGUUAAAGCUUCUGAAAAUUCCGCCUGCUUUUAUUAAUUGAAAAAAAAGAUCUAUAAAUGUUUUAACAUGGAGUACGUGCCAUGUUCAGUUGAGAAUCUUUUUAUAUUCUAAUCCUGAGGCUGUUCGACUGCAAUAAUAUACUUUGUUUCUUGACUUUAAAAAAAAAAACUGUUUGGCAAGACUUGUUUUUGCUUCGUAGCCAAUAUGUAUAUGAAAAAUAAAUGAGAAAAUGUUAAUGUUAGGUAAAUAACUGUACUUUGAGUGACACGUCCCACAGUUAUGGAAGUGGGAAGACUGUUAAGCAAUUCUCUUCAGCAGCAUUCAAAUAUAAAAUAAAGUAACUUCUGUAAAACUAUACUAAAACAACUUGCUAGAAUUGUAGCUGUACUUUCUUUCAAUAUCAUUUUGUUGCCACAUUCACUGUAUUAAUCAGGUCAAAGUAACUGAAUAUACUUUUGCUGUAUUACUUUAUUAUCAUGGCAAUAAACUAUAGCAUAUAGUU